UGGGCCGCUGGCCCCGCGGCUCUGCUGCUCCUCACCGGUGUCCUCGCCUCCGACGGGCUGCCCAGCGCCCGGGGACGGAAGAAGGUGGUCCAUGUCAUGGAGGGUGACAGCGGGGCCGUGGUGGUACAAACGGCCCCGGGGAAGGUGGUGACACACCGUGGGGGCACCAUCAUCCUGCCCUGCCGCUACCACUACGACGUGUCCACCCACGACCCGGCCGAGAUCCGCCUCAAGUGGACCAAAGUGACGGAGCCCAUGGCCUUCGUGGACGUCUUCGUGGCGCUGGGGAAGGCCCGGCGGGCGUUCGGCAGCUACCGGGGCCGCACGGCCCUGCAGGAGGACGGUUUUGGGGACGCCUCCCUCAUCAUCCGCAACGUCACCCUGCAAGACUACGGCCGCUACGAGUGCGAGGUCACCAACGAGCUCGAGGACGACACUGGCAUGGUCAAAUUGGACCUCGAAGGCGUCAUCUUCCCCUACCACCCGCGCCUGGGACGCUACACCCUGAACUUCCACGAGGCGCAGCAGGCGUGCCUGGAGCAGGAUGGCAUCCUGGCCUCCCACGACCAGUUACACCAGGCCUGGCUGGAGGGGAUGGACUGGUGCAACGCCGGGUGGCUGGAGGACGGCUCGGUGCAGUACCCCAUCUCCCGGCCGCGGGAGGAGUGCGGCCGCAAGGACACCCCCGUGGGGGUACGCAACUACGGCUACCGGCACAAGGAGAGCGAGCACUACGACGCCUUCUGCUUCACCUCCAACCUCAACGGCAAAGUCUACUUCUUGAAGACGUACCGCAAGCUGAGCUACGCCGAGGCGGUGCAGGCCUGCAAGAACAACGGGGCCACGGUGGCCAAGGUGGGCCAGCUCUACGCCGCCUGGAAGAUCCAGCUGCUGGACCGCUGCGAGGCCGGCUGGCUGGAGGACGGCAGCAUCCGCUACCCCAUCGUCAACCCCCGCGCACGCUGCGGGGGCCGGGAGCCCGGCGUCCGCAACCUGGGCUUCCCCGACAAGAAAUAUAAGCUUUUUGGGGUUUAUUGCUUUAAAAAAGCCGGAGGGGCCGCAGCGGAGAAAGCCCUGGCCGGGGGGCAUCCCAACCGGGUGUGAGGUUCACCCUCAGCGGGAGCACCCCCGGAUUUGGCCUGGGGAUACCCCCACCUCCUCUUUCCUUGAUGUGCUGGGCUCCCCGGCGUUGUGGGGGUUUUUUGGGGGGGUGGGGGGCUGCGGGCAGCCCCUGUGUUGGACUGGGAGAGGUGCCCGUGUGACGGUGGGGCGGCUGCGGUGCUGUGGUCUGUGGACAAAGCCCCGGUGAGGUUUGGGGAAACUGAGGCAGCGGGAGGGGAAGGACUUUAGGAGCCCAGCCGGGAGCCUGCGCGCGGAUCCGGGGCCGGCUCCCCAGCUCGUUGCAGUUCUUGCUUAUCAAUCAGCGUUGUCGCAUGUGCUAACGAAGCAGGCUUGAGCCCACCCCCCCCUGCCCCCCCCCACAUCGAUUUACUCAUCUUCCUGCCUGGGGUCCCCAGCUCCGUGCCGUCCCAGGGGCCAUG